AUGUACCGUCAUAGCCUCCUCGGAGGAACCCCUGUGUGCACUAAUCUUGUCGAUAACUACAGCUUCGAAGAAGAGGGUACCGGUUGGACUAUUGCCACUGGCACCAUCAAGGCUGGCGAUCUAUCCAUUCCCGCGCAGCAUGAGGAUAGCUACGUAGAGUUAAAAUUGUACCGUUGGGCGACCUCCUUGCCGGCCACGUCGACGGCUGCGGAGGCCGUCUGCACCAACCGCAUCUUGAACCCCAGUUUCGAGAAUGGCGUAGGUGGUAAGGAUCACUGGACCGUUCCGUCCGGCGCCUGGGUCCAGGGGAUCGAUGGUGCCCAAACACCAUAUGACGGUAACGGCUAUAUGUUUGUUACCCUUCCAAGUGGCUGGACGGCGGCCUUCACUCAGACCUUGUCCAAUGUCGAGAUUGGUGAGACCUAUCUUCUGGAUCUCCAGUAUGCUCUCGGUACUUUCCAGAACUUCCUCAUCAACAAGUGCACUUUCACAAUCUAUCUUGACGGUAUACAACAAGGAGCGACUAUCACUCCUACCCCGGGGCCGGUUUCACAAUGGACUUCGGUGGUGAGAAGCAUAACGGUCACAAACUCUGCCCCUGUAUUAUCAGUCUCGAGCUCGUGUAAUGGUGGCCAGGUCAACUUCAUGUUUGACGGCUUCUCGCUCGUUGAGGAGGCGUGUUUAUGA